AUGGGGCUGACCUUAGCAACAACGUCUGUGUAUUUCAAGCCUGUGGAUGAUAAACCAAAGAAUCAAAAUCCCUCAUGGACGACUGUGGAAGAGGCCCAGCACCCCUUUAUCGAGGAGGACCAAGUCCCAACUGGUGUCUCAGAUCCUUUGCCGGACUGCAAUCCUGUAGCACUGAACAUAGGCAUACAGCAUGGACCCUUCCUUGAUUCUGGAUACAUAACCACCAUGGCUGGCGAAAGGCUUUUACCCGGCGACGUCGAUCCGCUUUCAGACGAGGUAUUGCCAGCGCCACUGGAUUAUACUCUGUCCGAAUCUAAUUAUUCUCUGAGCUCUUGCUUCUGGCUGCCUGAUCACCACGAUGCAGGAAUCGCUUCCAGCAAGGUUGACGAUUCCACGGGAAUGGACUCUGGAUUUACUGCCUCGGCGGACUUUAACAACUAUUGGACUGGGGAACCUGGUGGUGAAUCUGAAGGCAACGUGGAUCGGUCGGAUGUCUCUGACAACAUGGCGGUUAUGGACCCCGCUUUUCUCAUCCAUGGCACCGCCAAUUCUGAACAGGUCCUCGGGCUGCUUUCAGUUCGGGACUAUUUGACCGACGACGAUGAGGCCGAGGUUUCUCUCGGGGGCUUCCCUUGUUCUCAGGAUGUUCCUCUACCUACCUUUGAUCAGGACGAAAGAAACUCGGCUUGUAGCAGUCAGGCGCUGACAGACGUGGCCAUACAUCCUCCAGGCUUUCUCAGAGAUACAGAGCCAGAAUUAGGUCUCGGCUCUGACGCCGAUUCGGGAGACCAAAUGGACAAUUUCUUUCAGGGGCGCACACUCCUUCAUGGAUUUGAUUCCUGGCGUGAGGGACCUUGUGUGCCUGGGGUAUAUGGCGCAGAGGCAGAAGUAGCAGGUCUUCUGAAGCAGGGUCAUUGGCUACCACAGAGGCUUUGA